AUGGAUGCAUCGACACGGCUAUACAAACGUCUGGGCGAGAUACCAGAAGACCCGAACGACCCCGAAAGUUUGGACGAUCUGAUAGUCUGCGCAUUCGGUGCCUUUGAGCGAUACUACGUUUGCUGGAAGACGAAAGGAGGAGAAUUUAGACAAGAUGGCUACGACCUCCCUCCCGCACUCAGAGAUUGGCUCUACCCCACUGACGGCACUACACGAGAUUUCGCAUCCCUUCAAGUCGUCUUCGGGCGAGGCGAGGAGUACUUCGCAUCCGACAAGAAUGGCAAGCUGGAGUACAAAGAGCCGGAACUGAAGAAGCCGGCACCUAUUGAAGACGACGAGAAGCUUGAUAGGCAAGCACUAAGGAGAUCACGAACGGUCUCGUUCUUGCGACCGCUGUCGGAAACGAGCAUGCGAUCGGAUGGCGGAUGGACAGCUCUUGGCUCGGGUGUAGGCGAUUCGGAGAAGCUGGAGUCGCCGCAAAAGUCAGAUCAGAGAACAGACACCGAGCCAGUGAUAGAGCCAGACCGCGAGCCGACCCACCUCGCAAACUCCACCAUGUACAUGCAACUGCCACGCUACACCAAACCCCUCACCACCCCCGCAAAAACCCACCUACGCGACCACCGCAACCCAAACAUCACCUCCCCCUACUCUUCUCCCUAG